GAAGACUUCAGAUCAUGUUCACGAUGUUAAAACUCAUUGCUGUAUUAGUAUUGGCUGGAGCAAUACCUAGCUACUCCCAACAGAAUAAUUACAUAACGACAGGGUUUGGAUCACCUGUUUCGUACAAAGAUGCAUCCUUAACAGUUGGUCGUCGUGGUCCAUUACUAAUGGAAGACACUGAAUUUAUCGAUGAAAUGGCACACUUUGACCGAGAACGAAUACCGGAAAGAGUAGUACAUGCCAAAGGCGGAGGUGCGUUUGGUUACUUUAACGUCACCAAUGAUAUCACUCGGUACUGUGCAGCCGCCCUUUUCUCACAAGUUGGAAAGAGAACGAAAAUCGCGGUUCGGUUUUCCACAAUUGGAGGCGAAAGAGGCUCAGCCGACACCCGACGAGAUCCACGUGGUUUUGCCAUUAAAUUUUACACAGAAGAAGGAAACUGGGACCUUGUAGGAAAUACCGUGCCAGUGUUCUUUAUUCGAGACCCCAUUUUGUUUCCCAGUUUUAUUCAUACUCAGAAGAGACAUCCCGCAACCUUUCUUCACAACGCUGACAUGCAAUGGGACGCAAUCACUUUAAGACCGGAAUCAACUCACAUGGUACUUUAUGUAUUCUCCGAUAGGGGAACUCCCGAUGGAUUCAGAUAUAUGCACGGUUACGGUAUCAGUACAUUCAAACUGGUUAAUGCCACCGGUCAUCACGUUUUUUGUAAAUUCACUUACAUGACCAAUCAGGGUUUGAGAAACUUGACCAGAGCAAGAGCUCAACAACUCGAAGGCAGCGAUCCGGAUUAUGCUAUACGAGAUUUGUACCAAGCAAUUAGAUCUGGAAAUUAUCCAUCAUGGACCCUGUACAUUCAAGUAAUGACAGAGGAGCAAGUAGCGCAAAGUUCUUUUAAUCCAUUUGAUGACACAAAGUUAUGGCCUGAAGACAGAUAUCCUUUUAUAGAAGUCGGCCGACUUACACUGAACGAAAAUCCUACGAAUUAUUUCCAACAAAUCGAGCAAAUCGCCAUGUCCCCGUCACGAAUGGUGCCUGGAAUUAAACCUUCACCAGACAAAAUACUACAAGGAAGACUGUUUGCUUAUCCGGAUACACAAAGAUACAGACUGGGACCUAACUUCCUUCAAAUUCCAGUCAACUGUCCGCUCCAGGACGUGCAUAAUUAUCAACGAGAUGGUCCAAUGUCUUACAGCAAUCAGGGAGAUAGCCCGGUCUAUCAUCCGAACUCAGUCGAUUCGUUGAACGUUAGUCAAAGGGCAACACAAUUAAGUCCACCUUAUUCGGUUAGUGGUGACGUCUACAAAUACGAUAGUGGAAACACUGAAGAUAAUUUUGCUCAACCUAGAGAUUUUUAUGAAAACAGAUUAGAUGAAGCAGCCAGGAUAAAUUUAGUUGAUAAUUUGGCAGAAGCAAUUUCCGCCGCAUCGGCUCCCCUUCAAAGGCGGGCACUCAACCUGUUCGGUAACGUUUCUGCAGAUUUGAGGUCUCGACUUCAAUCAAGAAUAACGUCCCAAUAAUGAUUUCAUAAUUUAUUACAACAAUCUUCCCUAUGUAAUCUUGUAACUGCAGUUAAAUAAUAUACAAUUUGUAAAAUAAUUAUAACUGGAUUUGUAAGACAUUUAGUUUUUGGAUCUCCAUUAAUAUGUCAAAAAAUAAAAAUAAAAUAUAGAGGUACACAUCUCACCUUAGUUUGGGGGUCGAGAUAUAUAUCCAAUGUCUGUACAAUAUUGAAUAUGUUUCUUGUUUUUUAUAUUUAACAUAACUAUAGAACCGAAUUAAAUAAAGGCAGAAGCGUCUAAUCAAA